UCAGCUCCCCCUUCCUCAGAUGCCCUCGGGGGUCAGAGAGUGCCCCCCACUCUCACGUGGAUCCCGUGGAUCUUGGCCCAGCCCGCCCUCAGGCAGGCGGCCCCUCCUUCCUGCUUUGUCUCUUCCUGCCCGUGGGCUUGGCCAGGGCGUGGAGCCACGAGGACACUCCUUCCAUCCCGGCCCUUGGUCACCAGCACCUCCCGACUUUCCUUCCACUGAGGACACAGCCAGCAGCUCCUGCCAUGGACAGGUGGUACCUGGGCGGCAGCCCCAAGGGGGACGUGGACCCAUUUUACUACGACUAUGAGACAGUCCGCAAUGGGGGCCUGAUCUUCGCGGCCCUGGCCUUCAUCGUGGGGCUCAUCAUCAUCCUCAGCAAACGACUCCGCUGCGGGGGCAAGAAGCACCGGCCUAUUAAUGAAGACGAGCUGUAAUGAGAGAGUCGGCUGUGCCCCCAUCGCAGCGGGGCCGCGUGGGAAGCCUUCCCUGGGCCGAGGACCUUGGCCCUCAGCACUGCCAGGCCUUCGGGCUGAAGGAUGCUCCAGGCUCCCGGGACCCCUGGGUGGGCACCACCUCCUCACACCCCGUGCAGAUAAUAAAGCCAGCCUCCUUCUGUCCUGUAACUGCCACCACUCACGCCUCCACACUGGAGUAAAUACAGCCCCAUCCAUUGUU